AAAUUAAUUUUCAAGAAAAAAGGGUAAAAUCCCCAAGAAAAUUUAGGAUUUUUUCUUUUGGUUCUUUGAAGAACUUGACUUGGUUGGACUCUCCGUUUUCUGAACCUUCUUCAUCACUCCCAUUGAUUUUACUUUCUGGGUGGUGCUGCAGCAAACUAGAAAAGAAAAACCAUUUUUUCUUUAAUUUUGUUUUGUUUUCUUGGUAAAUGUGGGGAGCUCCUGGAGAAGCUGCUGAUUCUUAUUAUACAGUCCGGCCUGAAUGCACUGAUGUUCCUAGAACCAGAUUUAAGAUCAAGCCUGGUAAAACUCUAAGUGCAAGAAGAUGGCAAGCUGCAUUUUCUCCAGAUGGACAUCUGGAUAUCGGAAAAACUCUACGUAGAAUCCAACAUGGGGGUAUCCAUCCAUCAAUUAGAGGAGAAGUUUGGGAGUUUCUUCUUGGCUGUUAUGAUCCCGAGAGCGCAUUUGAUGAAAGGGAUCAAAUACGGCAGCAUCGAAGGGUGCAAUACGCUAGAUGGAAGAACGAAUGUCGUGAACUCUUUCCCGUUAUUGGAAGUGGGAAAUAUAUCACAGCACCUGUCAUCACUGAUGAUGGUGAGCCCAUUCAAGAUCCUUUAGUGCUUUCAGAGACAAAUCCAGGUACGGAUGCUAAUAAUGCUGACAUGGAGAACACGCUACUUCCUCGUGGUCCUUUCGAUAAGAAAGUAAUCCAGUGGUUGCUGACAUUACAUCAAAUAGGUCUUGAUGUUAUUCGCACCGACAGGACGUUAGUAUUCUAUGAGAAACAAGAGAAUUUGUCGAAACUUUGGAAUAUACUCUCCGUUUAUUCCUGGAUAGAUACGGAUGUUGGCUAUGGUCAAGGAAUGAGUGAUCUUUGCUCUCCCAUGAUUAUUCUUCUUGAAGAUGAAGCUGAUGCGUUUUGGUGCUUUGAGCAUCUGAUGCGCAGAUUGCGAGGAAAUUUCAGAUGCACCGAGAAUUCUGUAGGGGUAGAGACACAACUUGGUUAUUUAGCUGCUGUAACUCAAGUUAUUGAUCCGAAACUUCAUCACCAUUUUGAAACACUGGGUGGAGGUAACUAUGUCUUUGCUUUCCGGAUGCUAAUGGUUUUGUUUCGUCGAGAGUUCUCAUUUUGUGAUUCAUUGUACUUGUGGGAGAUGAUGUGGGCUCUCGAAUACGAUCCGGACUUGUUCUCUCUGUAUGAAGAACCCGGAUCAAAGACUGCUGAAGGUUCUAAUAAAGGGAAACCGAAAUCAACACGUCGGUGCGGGAAGUACGAGAGAGAAAAUAUGAAAAUCAAAAGCUCUGAUGCUCCACUCCCAAUCUCUGUUUUCCUUGUUGCAAGUGUCUUAAAAGAUAGGAGCUCAAAGCUACUUCAUGAAGCUCGGGGCCUUGAUGACGUAGUAAAGAUUCUAAACGACAUGACUGGAAAUCUGGACGCGAAGAAAGCUUGCAUUGGGGCGUUGAAACUUCAUAAAAAAUAUUUAAAAAAGAUGACUCCAUGAACUCUUUUCAUUUCAUGUUGUGAUUGCAGGCCAAGAAGACAUAGCAAUAUGAAUUUUUCAUGAACUCGGCCAAGAAAUACUUUUUUCACGUCCGAAGCUACGAUUUCACAAUGAACCCUUGUUCGGGAAUUACCGAUCUCUGUAUACGAAUCUGUUUUGUUGUAUUUAAUAGACAUCUCUGUGUGUUCAUGAUUAUUCGUUUCAGUGAAAUACAGAAGAAAAUAGCUGAUUAUGUAUAAAUACUUCAUACCCUUUUCAUAA